GAAUUCUAAAAUUUGCAAUUUCAUUUUCAAGUUCUCUGUUUACACGAAUUCAUUGUAAUGGACCGACUUUUAAGACUUGGCGGUGGUUUAGCUGGUCUCGGACAAGCUCCGCCUCCAACAGAUGGAGCAGUGGUGGAUACUGCGGAGCAAGUCUACAUAUCCUCCUUGGCCCUCUUGAAGAUGCUGAAGCAUGGUAGGGCUGGUGUGCCCAUGGAAGUCAUGGGACUGAUGCUGGGAGAGUUUGUCGACGACUACACUGUCAGGGUCAUCGACGUCUUCGCCAUGCCCCAGUCUGGAACGGGCGUCAGUGUAGAAGCAGUGGAUCCUGUGUUUCAAGCGAAAAUGUUGGACAUGUUAAAACAGACUGGAAGGCCCGAGAUGGUGGUGGGGUGGUACCACUCCCACCCUGGGUUUGGUUGCUGGUUAUCGGGGGUGGACAUCAAUACCCAGCAGAGCUUCGAAGCUCUAUCGGAGAGGGCAGUGGCCGUUGUGGUGGACCCCAUACAGAGCGUCAAGGGCAAGGUGGUGAUCGAUGCCUUCCGCCUGAUCAAUCCCAACAUGGUGGUUUUGGGACAGGAACCCAGGCAGACUACCUCCAAUCUGGGACAUCUGACCAAGCCAUCUAUACAGGCCUUGAUCCAUGGGCUGAACAGGCAUUAUUAUUCAAUCUCCAUCAACUACAGAAAGAAUGAGCUGGAGCAAAAGAUGCUCCUGAACCUGCACAAGAAGAGCUGGAUGGACGGAUUGAUGCUCCAGGACUACAACGAGCACUCUGUCAUCAACGAGAAGACCGUCACGGAGAUGCUGGAGCUGGCCAAAGCGUACAACAAGAGUUUGGAAGAGGAAGACAAGAUGACACCAGAGCAGCUAGCAAUAAAGAACGUUGGCAAGCAGGAUCCCAAGAGGCAUUUGGAGGAGCAUGUGGACUCCCUGAUGAAUUCCAACAUAGUGCAGUGCCUGGGAGCCAUGUUGGAUACCGUUGUCUUCCAGUGAACCAUCUCUCUCUGUCGGAAUUUUAUAUUUAUGGAAGCAUAUAUUAAAGCGUACCAUUUUUUUUCCAUC